AACUGUAUCAUAUUUUUCGAUAUUUAUCUUAUUAAUAAUUCGUUUACAUAGCGAUUAACGAGUUAGCAUUGGAAUGUCAUAAAAUAGGUGCUCUCUUGUUUAACCACAAGUCUCAAGUCACGUAACAGGAAAAAUAUCCAUCAAACUUUAUCCGUAUAUCCGGAAAAUGUGAACUCAAGUACCGAGAAUACUGGCGAAUCUCAAGAAAACGCGCUUUCGGUUUCAGUCGCAUUUUCGUCGUCAAUCCAGUCACUCCAUAUCGCCUGUGUCGCAGACGCGAAAAAUAGAGUCAAAAUGGGGCGAUAAACAAGCCGAAUUCAUAAAUCCUAUCAAUCAGAACAGUUUAACGUUGAAAAGGAUUGAACAAAAAUCUACAAAGGCGAUUUUAAAAUUCUGGAAUAGACUGAAGCCUCGCAAAAGCGCGAGGAAGAAAAUAGAACCUCCUGCGAGUAAACCAUUAGCUUCUGUAUGGAAUUUUAAUAAUGUUGAAAAAAAAAUGAGCGCUAGAUCACAACGUGGGAAUCACGACACAUCGGCCAGCAAACGACUUCAUAGCCCGCGUGUCAAUCCAAAAAAUCGCGGACCAAGACCUCACAUAACAUAUGAUUACGAUGCUGCGAUCAGUCAACCGGAUGUACCGAGUUUGGUUGAUUAUAAGAAACUCGGUCGUGGGGCGAUGGUUAGUGGAGUCCUGUUUAAAAAGAGAACUUUAAAAAAACGAAUUAAGCCAAGAAAGAAUUUUCAGAAAAGAUCACAGGAAUCCAAAAUGAAAUCGUUGGCCCAAAAGAAAGGUAUACGAUUGCCUGGUACUAAAACCGGGAAUCCAGCGAACAAAACGGUUGGAUCUUCUAAUAAUUUCGACAAAGAUCAUGUCGAUGAAAAAGAAGAUAUUAUCAAUGAUACCAUCGACGAUUUGUCAAACAUAUUGAAGGAUACAACGAUAGAGGCGACCGAGAAUGAAAACGAUAGUGAAAUUAUAGAGGAGAAAAUAAAAAAUCCGAAAUUAGAUGAUUUCGAAUGUGUUGCAACAAAGUCACCAAUUACAGUUAAGUGCAGUAAAAUUCCUCGCGCGAAGAUCACUAUUUUUCCGGCUCAUACGCUUCAUGAAUCCCACGCGACCAAGUUGAAAAUAAAGGAAUCUCUUCACUUGAAACAUCCGACAACCGGUAUCGACAUUAUUGAGAUCACGGACAACGAGAUGAAAAAAGGAUGCUGUAAAGAAGAAAGUAAAAAAGAUGUGGUUCGUUUUGAUUGCGAAAUACCAAAAGAGACAAAGUACGCGUGAUAAACCAUAGAAAUCUAUUUGAAAAAAGAUACAUUAAUGUACUCAGGAGCAUUGCAUUUUAUUCAGAAUAGUUUGGAACAAAGAUGAGACUUCGACGUUAGAGGCGGAUGAAGAGUGUCAUGGAAUGACGUCGACCGACGAAUCCCCUCUUUUUAGCAGCAUCGAUGAUCCCCGUGUUUUAACGAUCUUACGAAGUUUGAAACUAAACUGUCCUUGUAGAUCAUGUACCGAACAAACUCUGCCUUUGAGCAUUCGACAAGAAGAUGACAGCGAUUUAAAGAGUUCAUCUCCGGAAGAAAUUAGAAAGAAAAAAUGGUUGAGAUAAUAUUUACUUGAAACUGUAAGAGUAAAUGAAUAUUAUAAUGAUUGCACAUGAUUAUCAACAGGUCGUUGAAACAUCGAAAGUAUGUUUAUACAAGUACCGAAGAUAUGGAAGAUAUGGUUUCAUCUGAUUGCAGUAAAAAAGGAAAAAAAAUUCGAUAUAAAUCGAAGAAUAUUCUGAAUCAACGUAUUAAAGCAAGUUCGAUAAUACACACAACUCCGAAAAUUUCUCAUCGUCGACGAACAAGUUUUUCCUUUUUUAACACUCUUUUUGAUAUUGUUUUUUGGCCUUAUCUAUUUCUGAAAACAAAUCGGUGAAAGCUUAUUUUUUUAUUAAAAAAAAAAAUCAUGUUUAAGAACAUGAUAUUGUUAACAAGUUUCUAGAAAAUGAAUUUUUAUAAUGGUUUCUUUAAUUAUCUCUCUUUAAAAGUAUACUUAAAGCUAAAACCUCUCAAUUUAUCAUAAUUUAUGUACAAUAUAUAUGCAUCGUUUUUUAUGAACUUAUAUCGAAAAUUAUAUAUUAUUAAUUGAUAAUAUAUUUCAUUCUUCAUAUAGAGUUUAUAGAACAUUUUAGAAAAUAUUUAAUUAAUGUAUAUGUUUAAGAAAAUAUAAUUUUUAAUUAUACAUAGUAUAAAAUACAAAUCAAUAGUAUAAUUUGGGGUUUCACCUCAAAUAUUCAUUAUUUACAUAAAUUUUUUAUGAUAAAAUACAAUGAUUGUGUUUUACGAUAAAAUAAAAAUUGAUUUCAAAAAAAAAAUUAAUAAAAAGAUAAAAAAAAAGUAUAAAUAUUCUCCACAAUUUUAUAAUACAUUGAUUGCUGAAAAUAUAAAAUAUUACAUAUCAA